AUCACUACUCUAAUAACCCAAACAAAAGAGAGCACGCUUUUGCGUCGGUGCUGCUCCGCCUCUCGCCUCUCCUCGCCAAUCUCUUUCUGUCACACCAAAUCUCUUUUCCUUUAUAGCUGUCUCAUUUGUCCAUCGAUCAUUUGUUCGCUUCCGGUCCUUCAGAGCUGGAUCUUGUAAAAUCCGUCUGCAUGCUACAAGAGAAGAAGAUUUUCUUUGAGGAGAGUUUCGUCAUUUCCAGGAGAUUUGGCUCUUAUAUAUAUUUAUAUUCAAAUCUCUCAUCUUGCGUUUAUCCGAAUCCCUUGUUUUCCAAAUCGAUUUUAUUUUAUAUUUUGAGCGCAAAAUCGCUAGAUUUGGUUGCGAAAACUUGCAGAAUUUAUUAAAAAUCUCCUAAAAUAAGCUUACAUAUUGGAGCUCUUUCAGAUCUCUUUUGUACAUGGUGUGGUAUCUGAUCUGAUCUGGAAAAUCUCUGUAAAACAAAUUUCUAAUACAUACAAAUCGCAAAACAAGUAAUACUUAUCCAAAUUCCGUAAACUUUUGCUACUUUCUGGGAUUUUAUUUCUAUCUCCAUCAAUAUUUAUUUUUCAAACAUAAAAAAACAAAGCAGUUCUGAUUAGAUUCCCGUUUGCUAAUAAUGUCGGCGACUUCUGGCUCCUCUCUCCUUCAACCUCGAACUAACCCAUCUGGUCUUUCAACUCUCAACAAACCUUCCAUUUCACCUAAGUUAAAUGUUAUUGUUCCGGUAUCUCGCCGGAAUACCAGAGCUGCACGAUGCUCAGCUAUCAAGAAAUCGACUGUUGUGGAGAAUAAGUUUUUUGGAACCAAACUACGGCCUCAUGGAUCAGAGAGGCUUCAUUUCUGGCAAUCGGAUGGGCCUGGACAGUCCCCAAAGCUCCGGGUUGUGGUUCGUUCCUCAUUGUCUGGAGUACCCGAGAAGCCUCUUGGUCUUUAUGAUCCGUCAUUUGAUAAGGACUCUUGCGGAGUUGGGUUUGUGGCUGAGUUAUCUGGUGAAACCAGCCGUAAAACGGUUUCGGAUGCGUUGGAGAUGUUGGUGCGCAUGACGCAUAGAGGUGCUUGCGGGUGUGAAGCGAAUACUGGUGAUGGAGCUGGGAUUCUUGUGGCUCUUCCGCACGACUUCUGCAGGGAGAUUGCCAAGGAUGGUGGGUUUGAGCUACCGCCACCAGGCGAAUAUGCAGUUGGGAUGUUCUUUUUGCCCACAUCAGAUAACCGAAGGGAAGAAAGUAAAAAUGUGUUUACUAAGGUUGCGGAGUCUCUUGGUCAUACAGUUCUUGGAUGGCGACGAGUCCCAACAGACAAUUCAGGUCUGGGCAAGUCUGCUUUACAGACUGAACCAGUGAUUGAGCAAGUGUUCCUCACACCUACUCCUAGGUCAAAAGCUGAUUUUGAACAACAGAUGUAUAUUUUACGAAGGGUGUCAAUGGUGGCAAUCCGAGCUGCAUUGAACCUUCAGCAUGGUGCUGUAAAGGACUUCUAUAUAUGUUCCCUUUCUUCAAGGACUAUUGUCUACAAGGGUCAAUUGAAGCCUGUACAGUUGAAGGAUUAUUACUAUGCAGAUCUUGGCAAUGAAAGGUUUACGAGCUACAUGGCCCUGGUACACUCACGAUUUUCUACAAAUACAUUUCCAAGCUGGGAUCGUGCUCAACCGAUGCGUGUCUUAGGCCAUAAUGGGGAAAUUAAUACUCUCAGAGGCAAUGUAAACUGGAUGAAGGCACGUGAGGGUCUACUAAAGUGCAAGGAGCUUGGUCUAUCCAAAAAUGAGAUGAAGAAGCUUCUACCUAUUGUGGAUGCUAGUUCUUCCGACUCAGGGGCUUUUGAUGGCGUCCUUGAGCUUUUAGUUAGAGCUGGGAGAAGUCUCCCUGAAGCUAUCAUGAUGAUGAUCCCUGAGGCUUGGCAAAAUGAUAAGAAUAUGGAUCCUCAUCGGAAGGCAUUGUAUGAAUAUUUCUCAGCCCUUAUGGAGCCAUGGGAUGGGCCAGCACUUAUUUCAUUUACUGAUGGCCGAUACCUUGGAGCUACAUUGGACCGCAAUGGAUUGCGUCCGGGUAGGUUUUAUGUAACACGGAGUGGACGAGUUAUCAUGGCUAGCGAAGUUGGUGUUGUCGACAUACCACCAGAAGAUGUCCUUAGGAAAGGAAGGUUAAACCCUGGAAUGAUGCUUCUUGUGGAUUUUGAGAAGCAUAUUGUUGUAGAUGACGAAGCAUUGAAGCAGCAAUACUCCCUAGCAAGGCCUUAUGGGGAGUGGCUGAAAAGGCAAAAGAUUGAACUCAAGGACGUUGUUGGCUCAGUUCCAGAGUCUGAUAUGGCUAUUCCUCCCAUAGCUGGAGUAGUUCCUGUAUCUAACAGUGAUGACAGCAUGGAGAACAUGGGAAUUCAUGGUUUGCUAUUACCAUUGAAAGCGUUUGGUUAUACUGUUGAAGCGCUGGAGAUGUUGUUGCUUCCAAUGGCUAAAGAUGGGACUGAGGCUCUUGGUUCAAUGGGAAAUGAUGCUCCAUUGGCUGUUAUGUCCAAUAGAGAGAAACUAUCUUUUGAGUAUUUCAAGCAAAUGUUUGCUCAAGUAACAAAUCCUCCAAUUGAUCCUAUUAGAGAGAAGAUAGUCACUUCCAUGGAGUGCAUGAUUGGACCAGAAGGUGAUCUAACAGAGACAACUCAGGAGCAGUGCCGCCGUCUAUCACUAAAGGGGCCUUUAUUAUCCAUUGAGGAAAUGGAAGCAAUUAAAAAGAUGAAUUAUAGGGGUUGGCGAAGCAAAGUUCUCGACAUAACUUACUCGAAGGAACGUGGUCGAAAGGGAUUAGAGGAGACCUUAGAUAGGAUCUGUGCUGAAGCACGUGAUGCAAUUAAAGAAGGUUAUACUUUAUUGGUUCUUUCUGAUAGAGCUUUCUCAUCAAAGCGUGUUGCUGUAAGCUCCCUCUUGGCUGUUGGUGCUGUCCAUCAUCAUCUGGUUAAAAAGCUUGAGCGCACGCGGAUAGGUUUAAUUGUUGAAAGUGCUGAACCACGAGAAGUGCACCAUUUCUGUACAUUGGUUGGAUUUGGAGCUGACGCCAUAUGUCCAUACUUAGCCAUAGAGGCCAUUUGGAGACUGCAGGUUGAUGGGAAGAUCCCACCUAAGUCCAAUGGUGACUUCCAUUCAAAGGAUGAACUGGUCAAGAAGUAUUUCAAAGCAAGCAACUAUGGAAUGAUGAAAGUGCUUGCUAAAAUGGGCAUUUCAACUUUGGCCUCAUACAAGGGUGCCCAGAUAUUUGAAGCUUUGGGCCUUUCAUCAGAAGUUAUUGAGAAGUGCUUUGCAGGAACUCCCAGCAGAGUGGAGGGAGCAACCUUUGAGAUGCUCGCUCGUGAUGCACUUAAUUUGCAUGAAUUGGCAUUUCCCACCAGGGUUUAUCCUCCUGGAAGUGCUGAAUCUGUAGCACUCCCUAAUCCUGGGGAUUACCAUUGGAGAAAGGGUGGUGAAAUCCACUUGAAUGAUCCUCUUGCUAUAGCAAAGCUUCAAGAAGCUGCCAGAGCUAAUAGUGUGGCUGCCUAUAAGGAAUAUUCUAGGCGCAUUCAGGAGUUGAACAAAGCCUGCAAUUUACGUGGGCUUUUGAAGUUCAAAGAGGCAAAAGUAAAAGUUCCAUUAGAUGAAGUGGAACCAGCUGGUGAGAUUGUUAAACGGUUUUGUACUGGGGCUAUGAGUUAUGGAUCAAUAUCAUUGGAGGCGCACACAACACUUGCUAUGGCUAUGAACAAAAUUGGAGGGAAAUCAAAUACAGGUGAGGGAGGUGAGCAGCCUUCUCGCAUGGAACCUCUACCUGAUGGUUCAAUGAAUCCGAAAAGAAGUGCAAUCAAGCAGGUUGCAAGUGGGAGAUUUGGAGUUUCAAGUUAUUAUCUCACAAAUGCUGAUGAACUACAGAUCAAGAUGGCUCAGGGUGCCAAGCCUGGGGAAGGGGGUGAGCUUCCUGGUCACAAGGUCAUAGGAGACAUUGCAGUUACGAGAAAUUCUACAGCUGGGGUGGGACUUAUUAGUCCUCCGCCUCAUCAUGAUAUCUACUCAAUUGAAGACCUUGCCCAAUUGAUUCAUGACCUUAAGAAUGCCAAUCCAGGAGCUCGGAUUAGUGUUAAAUUAGUAUCAGAAGCUGGUGUGGGUGUAAUUGCUAGUGGGGUGGUGAAGGGGCACGCUGACCAUGUGUUGAUAUCAGGUCAUGAUGGAGGUACUGGGGCUUCUAGAUGGACUGGUAUUAAGAAUGCUGGACUUCCGUGGGAGCUAGGUUUGGCUGAGACCCACCAAACACUUGUUGCAAAUGACCUUCGUGGCCGCACGGUUCUUCAGACAGAUGGCCAGCUAAAAACUGGAAGAGAUGUGGCCAUUGCUGCACUUCUUGGUGCAGAAGAAUUUGGCUUUAGCACUGCACCCCUGAUAACACUUGGCUGCAUCAUGAUGCGAAAAUGUCACAAAAACACUUGCCCUGUUGGCAUUGCUACUCAAGAUCCAGUUUUGAGGGAAAAGUUUGCUGGAGAGCCUGAACAUGUUAUCAAUUUCUUCUUUAUGCUGGCGGAGGAGCUAAGAGAGAUAAUGUCUCAGCUUGGUUUCCGUACGAUCAAUGAGAUGAUUGGUCGAUCAGACACGCUUGAAGUUGAUGAAGAAGUAAUUAAGAACAAUGAGAAGCUAGAAAAUAUUGAUCUCUCGCUUUUACUUAGACCCGCUGCCGACAUUCGGCCUGAAGCUGCCCAGUACUGUGUUCAGAAGCAGGAUCAUGGCUUGGACAUGGCUUUGGAUAAAAAAUUGAUUCCACUGUCCAAGGCUGCUUUGGAAAAAUGUCUUCCUGUGUAUAUUGAGACCCCAAUCUGCAAUGUGAAUCGUGCUGUUGGAACCAUGCUUAGCCAUGAAGUCACUAAGCGUUACCACUUGGCAGGACUUCCUUCAGACACUAUACAUGUCAAGCUUACUGGAAGUGCAGGACAGAGUCUGGGAGCUUUUGUAUGCCCUGGCAUCACCCUGGAGCUUGAGGGUGAUGGCAAUGACUAUGUUGGUAAAGGAUUAUCAGGUGGCAAAAUUGUAGUAUAUCCUCCAAAAGGUAGCCUAUUUGAUCCGAAAGAAAACAUUGUUGUUGGCAAUGUAGCUCUCUAUGGGGCGACAAGUGGUGAGGCAUAUUUCAAUGGGAUGGCAGCAGAAAGAUUCUGUGUGCGUAAUUCAGGGGCUAGAGCAGUUGUAGAAGGUGUGGGUGAUCAUGGAUGUGAGUACAUGACAGGUGGUACAGUUGUUGUGCUUGGCAAAACUGGCAGGAAUUUUGCUGCUGGUAUGAGUGGUGGAAUUGCUUAUGUUCUUGAUGUAGAUGGCACGUUUCAUUCUCGGUGCAACCCUGAGCUGGUAGAUCUUGAUAAAGUCAAGGAAGAAGAGGAUAUAAUGACUCUUAGAAUGAUGAUACAACAGCAUCAGCGUCACACGAACAGCCAGCUAGCUAGAGAAGUACUUUCUGAUUUUGGAAGUCUUCUCCCAAAAUUUAUCAAGGUCUUCCCCAGGGAUUACAAACGUGUUCUUGCAAACAUGAAACAAGAAGCUACCUUGAAAGAGGCUGAGGAAGCUGCUGUUAAAGAAGCUGAGGAGCAGGAUGAAGCAGAGUUAAUGGAGAAGGAUGCUUUUGAGGAGCUCAAGAAGAUGGCAGCUGCAUCUUUAAAUAAGAAACCUAGUGAGAAUGCUGAUGCUGAACCAUUGAAAAGGCCUACUCAAGUUAACAAUGCUGUUAAACACCGAGGGUUCAUCGCUUAUGAGCGUGAAGGUGUUCAAUACAGGGAUCCUAAUGUUCGAAUGAAUGACUGGAAGGAAGUUAUGCAGGAAUCAAAACCUGGCCCUCUUUUAAAGACUCAGUCUGCUCGUUGUAUGGACUGUGGUACUCCUUUCUGCCAUCAGGAGAACUCUGGAUGCCCACUGGGAAACAAAAUACCUGAAUUCAAUGAGUUAGUGUACCAAAAUAGGUGGCGUGAAGCACUAGAUCGGCUUCUUGAGACAAAUAACUUUCCAGAGUUCACUGGCAGAGUAUGCCCUGCACCUUGUGAAGGUUCUUGUGUUCUUGGUAUCAUUGAGAAUCCGGUGUCUAUCAAAAACAUUGAAUGUAGCAUCAUUGACAAGGCCUUUGAGGAAGGGUGGAUGGUGCCACGGCCACCAGUCAGUAGAACUGGGAAAAGGGUUGCCAUUGUUGGAAGUGGACCUUCUGGCUUGGCUGCUGCUGAUCAACUGAAUAGGAUGGGUCACUUGGUGACUGUGUAUGAGCGUGCUGAUCGAGUCGGAGGCCUUAUGAUGUAUGGAGUUCCCAACAUGAAGACUGACAAAGUGGAUAUAGUUCAACGCCGUGUUAACCUCAUGGCUGAGGAAGGCAUUAAUUUUGUGGUCAAUGCUAAUGUUGGAAUUGAUCCUAUAUACUCUCUUGAUCGGCUUCGAGAGGAGAAUGAUGCCAUUGUUUUGGCAGUAGGGGCCACAAAGCCAAGGGACCUUCCUGUCCCUGGAAGAGAGUUAUCAGGGGUCCAUUUUGCCAUGGAAUUUCUUCAUGCAAAUACAAAAAGUUUGCUCGACAGCAAUUUACAGGAUGGUAACUACAUAUCUGCUAAGGGCAAGAAAGUAGUUGUCAUUGGUGGAGGUGACACUGGCACAGAUUGUAUUGGGACAUCUAUUCGACAUGGCUGUAGUAGCAUUGUGAAUCUAGAGCUUCUACCAGAGCCACCACAAACUAGAGCUCCUGGGAACCCCUGGCCACAGUGGCCUCGCGUAUUUCGUGUAGAUUAUGGGCACGAGGAAGCUGCUACAAAGUUUGGCAAAGACCCGAGGUCCUAUGAGGUCCUGACUAAACGUUUUAUUGGAGACGAAAAUGGAAAUGUGAAAGGACUUGAGGUGGUACGUGUCUACUGGGAGAAGGAUGCUAGUGGAAGAUUUCAGUUUAAGGAAGUUGAAGGCAGUGAGGAAAUUCUUGAAGCUGACCUCGUCCUACUAGCCAUGGGAUUCCUUGGUCCUGAGUCGAAUGUGGCAGAGAAGUUGGGUGUGGAGAGAGACAAUCGAUCGAACUUUAAGGCUGAUUAUGGCCGCUUCUCUACCAGUGUGGAAGGUGUAUUUGCAGCUGGGGAUUGCAGGCGUGGCCAGUCCUUAGUUGUCUGGGCUAUAUCAGAAGGACGUCAAGCUGCUUCCCAAGUUGACAAAUAUCUGAUGAGCGAAGAUGACAUCUCUGUCAGUACUGACACUCAGGAUGACCUCGUCAAGAGACAUCAAGGUCUUACCAAUAGGCAACAAGACAGCAAACACACGGUCAUGACAUAGGUGACCCUGUUUCCUUCUUUAUACAAGGGCUCAAAAGGAGCACAGCUGGAUUCUCUUACAUACAUUUAAAAAUCUGGAAUCAAUUGCCUUGUGGACGAUGCGAGUCAGUGUGCCUAAUAGCCUGAAGGAUGUCAAAUUUGCAGUUGUGCAGCUGAGUGACUGGGAAAGGACCGA